AACUGACAAAAUUGUGUUGUAGUGUACUCGAAGUGAAAUUCGGGACUGGUGAAAAUAUUUAAAGGUUCUUACUAUUGAAACUCGCUGAAAAAUGCUUCGUGCUCCAAUGUUUCGAGCUCUUGUCUUAGCUCAGUUGCCAUCAAGAGCUGGAAUAUUAUUCACAACAUCUCGAAUGCAAUCAAAUGCUCCAGCAAAAGCACCAGAAAAAAUUGAAGUUUUCAUCGAUGAUCAACCUGUUAUGGUAGCUCCAGGAACAACAGUCUUACAAGCAGCAGCUCAGGUUGGUGUUGAAAUUCCAAGAUUUUGCUAUCAUGAAAGACUUGCAGUCGCUGGAAAUUGCCGAAUGUGUUUAGUUGAAGUAGAAAAAAGUCCUAAACCAGUUGCAGCAUGUGCUAUGCCUGUAAUGAAAGGCUGGAGAAUUAAAACAAACUCAGACAUGACACGUAAAGCUCGUGAAGGUGUCAUGGAAUUUCUUCUUUCAAAUCAUCCAUUGGAUUGUCCAAUUUGUGAUCAAGGUGGCGAAUGCGAUCUUCAAGAUCAAGCCAUGGCUUUUGGCUCAGAUCGUUCACGAUUUACUGAUAUUAAUCACGCUGGAAAACGUGCUGUCGAAGACAAAGAUAUUGGUCCAUUAGUUAAGACCAUCAUGACUCGUUGCAUUCAUUGCACUCGUUGCAUUCGCUUUGCAUCUGAAGUUGCUGGUGUUGAUGAUUUAGGAACCACGGGUAGAGGUAACGAAAUGCAAGUUGGAAUGUAUGUUGAGAAACUUUUCCUUACGGAACUUUCCGGCAAUGUCAUCGACUUGUGCCCAGUUGGUGCACUCACCAAUAAACCUUACAGCUUUGUUGCCCGUCCUUGGGAGAUUCGUAAAGUUGAUAGCAUUGAUGUUCUCGAUGCCCUUGGUAGUAACAUCGUUGUAAGCACACGAACUGGUGAAGUUUUGAGAAUUUUACCGCGUGAAAAUGAAGACAUCAACGAAGAAUGGCUUUCAGACAAAUCUCGUUUUGCCUGUGAUGGUCUUAAACGUCAACGUUUAAUAACUCCAAUGCUUCGCAAGCCUGAUGGAGAAUUUGAAGCUGUUGAAUGGGAAUCAGCUCUGAUUACUGCCGCUCAAGCCAUACGAAAUGCACCGAAGGAUAAAAUUGCUGCUGUUGCUGGUAGUUUGGUUGAUGCUGAACAAUUAGUCGCUGUCAAAGAUUUGUUGAAUCGUUUAGGCUCAGAACUUUUAUGUACUGAACAGAAAUUCCCAACAGCUGAUGGAACAUCUGGAACUGAUCUCAGAUCAAACUAUUUGUUGAAUUCAUCGAUUGCAUCUUGUGAAGAUGCUGAUUUAGUUCUUCUUGUUGGAACAAACCCACGUUAUGAAGCUCCAUUAUUGAAUACAAGAUUACGCAAAGGAUACGUACAUAAAGAACAAGACAUUGCAUAUAUUGGACCAGAAGUUGACUUAAGUUAUCGCUAUGAAUAUCUUGGAAAUCGUUCGUUGACAAUUGAAGACAUUGCAAAAGGAAAACAUCCAUUUGCACAACGAUUGAAGCAAGCAAAACGUCCGCUUAUUAUUGUCGGAGCAAAUGCAUUGGCGAGAAAUGAUGGAAAAGCAUAUAUAGCUGCACUUCAAUCAUUUGCACGACAGCUCAAGCCAGAAGAUAAAAAUUGGAAGGUUUGGAAUGUUUUACAGACAAAUGCAUCUCAAGUCGCAGCUUUAGAUGUUGGAUAUAAGCCUGGAGUUGAGGAAGUUUUAGCUGCUCAACCUAAAGUGUUGUUCCUUCUUGGAGCUGAUGGAAAUGCUGUCAAUAAGGAAAACAUACCGAAAGAUUGUUUUGUCAUUUAUCAAGGACAUCAUGGAGAUCAAGGAGCUCAGCUCGCUCAUGCAAUUUUACCUGGUGCCGCCUACACAGAAAAACAAGGAACUUAUGUGAACACAGAAGGUCGUGCCCAGCAAACCUUAGUCGCUGUGUCACCACCAGGUAUGGCACGAGAAGAUUGGAAGAUUAUUCGAGCACUUUCAGAAGUUGUUGGGACAGUUUUGCCAUAUGACACUUUAGAUGAACUCAGAAAUAGGAUGGAAGACAUUGCACCACAUCUUGUUCGUUAUGGACAUUUAGAAGAGAAUAAUUUUUAUGCACAGGCUGAACAGCUGAUUAAAACACAAGCUUCAAGUUUCCAAGGUGAUGUUGAUGUUAAUCAGAAAUCAUUGGAAGACUUCUUUAUGACCGAUUCCAUCACAAGAGCUUCACCAACAAUGGCAAAAUGUGUGGCAGCAGUAAAGAAAGCUCAGGCAACCGGUUAGAUGUCUUGUUUUUUGCAGAUUUAAUUACAUAUUUAAAAAAUGAUACAAAAUGUAAAAAAAAAUCGUGUGGAUCUUUUUCAUGAAAUUCUGUGGAAAAAAGAUUCCUUAAUUUAAAUAAAAACAGUAAAAUUAUAUUAGUAGA